CGACCUGCCCACGCCGGUGUCGCCUGCUCCCGCGCCGGUGCCGUCCGCUCGCCCCCGUCCCCAUCUCCGUCGGUGCCGCCGGAGGACGAGAAGGUGAGGGGCGGCGCCACCUGUACCCCACCUACACGCCGACGUCGUCCGUCCACGCGGUUGCCGGCGACUACCGCCCCCGGAGUUGGCGUCUACUCCCUGGGCAUGCUCCUGCUGGAGCUCCUCACCUGAAAUCUGAUACUAUCUGAACUGGAUGCGUCUCUAUUCACCUGCAAUCUGUUCACGGCGAUCUGCCUAUGUCUGCGCAUUCCAACCAGUUUCAAGGAGGACCCACGCAGAGUAUGGUCUUAUGGAAGUGCUCCCGACAGCAGUCUAGCCGUUCUCAGAUCACAUUGGGCUUAGUCGAUUCUUCUCGUAACAAGAACACAAGAUCAUCUGAAGCACAGAGUCUGAAGUACUUCGUCAGCUUAGUGGGCCGACGAUUGCGUAGCGGAUUAUCAACCAGAGAGGGCAGUCUAAGUGAAAAGCUCGACGUACUUUCAUCCGACAGAAUUUCGGGUAUUGGUUGAAAAUGGAGAGGUGUGCAUCAAAAGAUAGGAGCUACCCCCGGUGGACUCUGCUUUGUCUUUUUCAGUUUGAGGGAUCGCAAAAGCUGAGAUGCCUAUGGACAGAAAGACCAACUGUGCAGAAACUUCAGCAUCAACUUCUCACGGGAAGAAAGUCUACACGGAUUAUUCUCUCAGCGGCAUUCCAGGAGAUGGGAGAUGCCUAUUCCACCCCAUGGUUCAUGGGGCGUGUGUCUGGUAAUAGGAAGAUCUUCACAGAAAGCUAGCUGAUGAAUUGAGGUCAAUGGUUGCCGAUGAAUUUGUCACUAGACGGGAAGAGACCGAAUGGUUUGUUGAGGGCUAUUUUGAUACAUACGUUUCCCAGAUUAGGCAGCCACAUGUGUGGGGUGGUGAGCCAGAACUUUUCAUGGCUUCACAUGUUCUGCAGAUGCCAAUAACUGUGUACAUGCGUGAUGAAGAUGUGGGUGGUUUAAUAACUAUCACUGAAUAUGGCCAAGAAUAUGGUAAAGAAGAUACAAUACAAGUUCUGUAUCAUGGUUUUGGCCAUUAUGAUUCCCUACAGAUUCAGAAGACACAGGGGUCUGAAGACAAGAAUGUAGAAUUUGGGAGUUCAACAUUCAGAAGACGGACACUUGGAAGUGUAAAUGGUAGUAAGAUCAAUGACCGACUUUGUACAUCUGAAAAUUUCGUGAACAGAAACGUGAUGUAAGAGUUUGCCUCAUUGUGAAAUGCAUGCUCAUGUAUCCUUUUUAUGCGUAUUUUCUGUAUAGAAACAUAAGGUCGUCUUUAUCAUGAAAACUUUUUUUGUGC